GCCACGCUCAGUCACUCUUUGAGUGCCACUCAUCCUGGGCACUGCUCUCCCUGGCCGGUGAAUACCCACCGCCGCCGCCACCAAGCGCGCUCGCUCUCUCUCUGUCACGGAGUUUGUCUUUCAUUCUAAUUCUCUUAAAAUCAUCUUAUCCUGUCCUUAAGUACUCGACGCACGUAAAUAUGUGGCUGCAUUCGUUAGCGCUCCUGGUGGUGGCGCUGAGUGUGGGAGCUGUACCUGUUGAGGAGGAGCAGAGCCACGUCCGCGUCACUCGACAACAGUCUACCUAUGGCAUUACGCACCUGGACAUCCGCGACGCAAUCCUGACCUUGGACAAGAGCAUCAAGGCAGCACAGAACAAGCUGACUCGACAUGAAGCACGAGAAGCACAGGUUGCCGACUUCUCGACCAAGACUCUCAAUGCCCUCAGCUCCGACCAUGCCCUCACCGAGAAGAACAUGCAGACGAUUGCCCAUCAGCUGGCCAAGAUGGAGGAAAGGAUGCUAUCCAUGGAGGCCUUGAUCCAAACGACCGACGAGCGCCAGCGACUGAUGCUGACGAAGAUGUCCCAGGGUCUGGACCUCCUGAUCACGCAGAACCCGGAUGACGAUUUCGCCCUCGGCCCGCCCACGGAUCUGACCGGGGACGCGGCGAGGGAGGUCAAGAAGCUCACCAGGAAGGUCAACCAGAUGGAUAAUAUGGUCGAACGCGAGUUUCGGAAGAUUUCGAAUGAGGUAAAGAUCGUCGGAGAAUCCCUAAGUCAGCACAUGGAACAGCUUCAGUCUCGCCAUGAUCGACUGGCAACUGGCAUAGACGCCUGUGAGAGAGAAACGGUCACGAGCAUUCAGCAACUGGGCGCCAUACUUGCCCACACGUCCGAAAGGAUUAAUGAGAAGCUGGACCAGGUACCCGACUGCAGCAACAGCGCACCCAACCCUGAAAUCACCUCUCGUCUGAACGCUCUCGACCACCUCUAUCGCGAACAGGAAGCCGAGAUUCACCAGCUCUCCGAACAGACACAUAAGAGCCUGGAGGAGAACCUGGAGACCCUGCAGAGCCUGAUCAAGGAGAGCCACCGCGGCCAGGCCAUCAUCAACGCCUCCGUGGCGGACCUGAACUACAACCUCCGCCUGCUGGACGACUCCACCCAGGACGGUCUCGGGCGCCUGGACACGAACAUGCAGCAGGCCGUGAAGCAGGGCACGGCGACCCUGAGCCAGAGCGUGACGCAGCUGGAACAGGAGCUGAAGCAGGGAAACAGCCACAUCAUGGACACUUUGGAUGACUCGGCGUCGCAGGCGGAGAAUCUGCAGAACACCGUCCUGGAGAACUACAGCGAGCUUUCUGCGGAGAUCAACAGCCUGCGGAAGGUGGAGCAGGUGAUGAUCAAUACGGCCGACGCGGUGCUCGACACCAAGCGCAGCAUCGAGUACGGCAUCCAGCAGAUCAUCUUCGAACUGGGCGACAUCGUGAAGAACAGCGGCCACACCAUCAACUCGACCCUGUCCGACCAGAUCAGCAACGUCUCCUUCGCCAUUCUGAAGAACCAGACUUCGGCGCUGACCAACAUGACCGCCAAGAUGGAAAAGGAGAUCUCUCAGGUGUGGCGGCAGAUCGGCGUCAUGUACCAGCAGAUGUCGCAGUCGGUAGACCUCCUGGACCAGCUGAGCAGCACCACCAAGGAGCACAUGAACGCCUCCCUCUCUCGCGUGGGCACCAUGGACGGCACCGUCGGCCAGAUCAACAACAAGGUGGCGGACGUGGAAAAUAACCUCAACUACCUGCUGGGUCGCCUCUCGCUCGUCGUCUCCGAGUUCAACCUCAUGAAGACCGGCGUCGGGGAGGAGCUGCUGAGGCUCAGGGAGAACAUGGCGCAAAAUACGACUCCGGUGCAGUUCGCCGAGGGGGAGCCCGAGUCGGACACGAGGUACGACGUGAACCGCAAGCGCCACGCCAUCCCGCCUUCGGACUACUUCUCGCAGCCCCGCGAACCGGCCUCCGUCUUCUAGUCCGGGGGAGCAGAGGCCCCUGGGGCUGUAAUUUCUUUUUGUUUCGUUUUUUUUUUCUUGAAAGUCUUGAGUCUGGCAUUUUGCAGACGAGAAGCUUCGGCACGAGAAGAGGGCUGGACUUAGAAUACAUGGUUUAGCACUUAUGUAGUAGAGGCAUCAUAAUUGUAUGUAGGAGUAUUUUGUAGCCAGUUGUUUCGUAUAGAUAGGCGAAGGGCUGUGCAGACCUGCUUGAGCCUUUAUUUGCAUCACCUUAUUUUCCACUUAGUUUACGCUAAAAAAAAUGUUUCGCCAAUACAUCAAAACGUUUCCGAGCAGAGGUGACGCAGAGUCUAACAACACUAGCAACGAAAAUCAUUGCAAGCUUAAUGAACAAGAGUAACACCGAUUUCACGUUACUUUUAGAAGCAUUAAGUAGCUUAAAAACGGGUCAGCUAGGGACCAAGAACACGGGAGACAAAAAAAAAGAUGAAAAUAUUUACGAAAACUUUGUAAAAAAAUAUAUAUAUAUGCCUGUCUUAAGCGGACUCCUUUGUAUUAAGUGAACUCCCCUGUUGCUUAUCUUCAGCAGAUAAAGUGGGUUGAAUACGGUUACAAUGAAGUGUACGUUUUAUCGUUUGCUGCAGAUAACUGAUAAGUAAGAUAUGUUGUUACAGUGUGAACAUACACAAUGCAAUUGUAACAGAAAGAAUGUUACUAAAAUGUGUUUGAUUCUAGUAUUAUUAUUAACAUUAGUCUAA